UUUAGGGGAGUAGAAAGUCUGAGUUAUGUAUAACGUAUGGGAAUUGAACUAGUGUGUAGAUUGAGAUCGUGAAGAUAUUAAGGGAGCACGCGCGCCAAUGAGUUAUAGACGCGCGAGAUGGACGUAGACAUGGUGUAGACGCGCGUCAAUAGGUACCUAACACACGCAACUCUUGUUCUGAAUAGUCGUCAAUAUAUUAUUUAUAUAUCCUCCGCACAAAUAAUCCCCAAUUUCCCUCCUCGUCCUCAUGCCAAUUUGAUCAGUGCUGUGAGAGAAUUAGAAUCUGAAUCAAAUCAAAUCAAAUGGCUUUGUAUUCAUCUGCCCUGAUCCAAUCAACAUCAUGUUACCAUAAGAAUUUGCCCACAACACUCUUCAAACCAAGCUGCUUGCCUCGAAUGGCAACAAACCAUGGCUCCUUCCGGAAACAAAUCAAGUGUUCAUUAUCUCUGGAGUUUGAACAAGAGGAUGCUAGUGUUUCUACUUCCGGUUUUUUGGAGGGAGAAGAAUUCAGCCAUGUCACCAAGUUUACUUUUUCUGAUUUCAAGAUUAGUGAUCGGGUUAGCAUUGGCCUAGGUGGACGGGGCGAUGAGGCUGUUUUUGAAGCCAUUAUUGUAAAUUCUGAUAGCCCAUUAAAUAAUACAAAGGUGGUGCUUAGACGGCUUACUACUUCUCAAGCACAGCGAAGAGGGAAACGUGCUAUGCAGGUUCUAAAGAAACUGGCCCGCCGUAAGCUGAUGUACCAUUCUUAUUCGAUGCAAGUUCAUGGUUAUGUGUGUCCUCAGACAAUGGAUGAUGAGGGCUCAUUUACCCUUGUUCAUGGGUAUCAUGGUAGUUUUUCUUUGAGGCACUGGCUUCGUCAGGCGGAUUGGCUACCCACAUUGGAAGCUACACUUGCUUUGGAUGAAGAAUCGGUGAGACGGGUGGGUGAUGAUACCGUUGGUGGGCCAGCUGUUUCUCGCCAGCUGCGUGUUAUUCGAAUUCUGAUGCGAGAUCUACUAAUCGGAGUAAAUUACUUACAUAGUCAUGGACUUGCCCAUACAGAGCUCAGACUGGAGAAUGUUCAUAUAAGUCCAGUCGAUAGACAUAUCAAAGUAGGAAUAUUGGGGAAUGCUGCUGACUUUUUCGAGGAUGACACAGACAGACAACAAAUGAUGAUUGCGUUUGACAUGAGAUGUCUUGGAUUCAUCAUGGUAAAGAUGAUAUUGAGGGAGCUUAUGGAUCCGCUUAUCUUCACAAAGUUCAAAGCAUUCCUCAAUAAGGGGAAUGAUCCUUCCUGCUUGCGUGAAUUUCUACUAAGAACUUUUAACAUGAAUUCAUCACAUGGAAAUGUUGGGCUGCAGAUGCUAGAUAGGAACUGGGGUGCAGGCUGGCACCUGUUAUCAUUACUUGUUGCAACUAGACCACUUAAUAGAAUAAGAUGUUUAGAAGCUCUGAGACACCCAUUUCUGUGUGGACCGAGAUGGCGAGUAAACCCAUCAAUGGACAUCAUCAGAUGGAGUCUGGGAUCAACUGCAGUUAGAAUUACCGAGGAGUACAUAUAUGGCCACCAACAGCGCAUCAGGCUUGCUCACUUCCUUGAGUUAAUGGAGAUGUUGAAUCCUUAUUCAAAGCCAAAGAACUGGCUAGGGUUGCUACCUGGAAGAUGGAGAUUGGCUUACUGCACGGGGCGCCACGUAGGACUAACCACUCGCCAACCACCUUCCCGUGUGCUCAUCGGAGACGUGCACCUUACAAUAACCCAACCAUCAAAAACAAAACAACCCUUGUCAUUCACCUCUGAUGUCAACUUUAGGGUCCUAGUUGGCAAAGAUUGGCCACAUGACAAAAUCGGGAUUCAUGGAAAACUUGUAGUAAAUUCCACAUUCAGAUUAACAUCUGGAAAACGGCAUUACAUAAAAGACGAAGAAAAUGAAAAUCUGCCUCCUGCAUUUGCAACCAACGCCCAAGAAUCAGCCAUCAAGAAACUUUCUGGGAACAAGUGGAGGAAAGCGUUACAACAGAGAGAACCACCGUCGAGCCUUCCGGUGGUCAAACUUGUGUCCAGUGACAUUGAUGUGACCCUGGUGUUAAAUGAACCCUUGAGCAAAGAUAUUGAGGCGGCACAGUCUGUGGUUAAUGAAGUUAGGAUGCAAAUUCCACCAGAAAUGUUUGAUCUGUCAAAGAUUGUUUGUGGGACCUACAUAGAUUCUAGGAUGAUGGUUCUUCGAAGUGUCAAUGGAUCGGCACUCUUGUUUACACGGGUGUGUAGCAUUGAAUGUUGAUGUCAAAUAUUGUAGUUUGUAUAUACAUAGAGAUUAUUGUUAUAAGCACACUUUAGAAAAAAACAAUUGUCGAUUCAGAGUGUAUAUUUUAGUUUUAGUUUAA